AAAGGAUUAGACAGAGUUUCUGAGUCAAGUGUGCGUCGUUAACCAACAUGUCAGCAGCUGGAUGGGAAAGAGGAAAAGAUUAGUUUGUUUCUAAUAAGUGUUGAAAUAAUCAAGACUAUAUAAGUAAAGGGUAGUUGUUCUGAAAGCCCACUUAAUUUUAAGGACUUUAAUGAGAAGAAAAAUUGGUCAUUUUCGUCGCAUUUAGUUUUUCCUUUGAAAGCGCCACCUAUGUCCAUUAAAACCAUACGUUUUAAUGCCAUUUUUAUAUGUCUGCAUGGAUUUCUUUUUGGCGUUAUCAUCUCUACAUAGUCACAGUUUUCGACUAGAAGUUGCAUUAUUAUAACAAACCAACCUUGUCAUUUUAUGUUGUAUGGAGCGUAUAAAUCUAAAUUUCAUCCGUGUAGCCCCUCCUCUUUCUGCUGCGACUGACAGAGAGCCAAAACACCAGAGGGCUGCUAGUCAGUCUGACACCAAACACAGAGGAAGGCAGAGGAUCUCCAGAGAACAGACGAUCAACAAACUGGAUCGGACACGAAAAUAAGGAUAAAGUUAGAUUUUUGGUCUUUCUUAAAGGGGAUAUAGAUUGGACUUGUCGUUGCCACUGUAGGAUUAGUCUUUUUUGAGCUUGUGAGUAAAAUACAAACGAGUUUUCUCCUGAAACAGGAGCCUCAUUUAGAAACUAUUUCAUUUAUGUGUUUUAGCUAUGGAAGCUGUAAGUUGUAAACAAUCUAGUUUAGUAGAUGCUGUAGGAAUCUGUGUGUUCAUGUUGUUAGAGGAUUAAACAGUUCAUGCCAAGGUGUUGACAAUGGUUGAACCACUAGGGUUUGUGGAGGCAUGGAGAGCCCAGUUCCCUGAGUCUGAUCCGCCUAGCAUGGAGCUGAAAUCAUUAGGGGACAUUGAACAGGAGCUGGACAAAUGUAAGUCAUCUAUCAGGCACUUGGAGAAAGAAGUAAACAAGGAGCGUUUUCGCAUGAUCUACCUGCAGACUCUGCUGGCAAAAGAGAGAAAAUCUUAUGAUGGACAGAGAUGGGGAUUUAAACGGAUGUCCCAGUCAAAUGAUGGAGACAUGCCCAGUGGUCCAGACAGCCGAAGGUCUCAUGCAGAUGAAGCACCAGCAGAGGAGCAGCAACCAAGGCUUCCUGGCAAGACGGCAAGGUGUAAACUACACCCAGAGGCAGAGCUUGAUGGUUCAUGCCCUGCCAAACAGAAAGGAGGGAUGUCACCUGUCCGCCAUGAUUCUGAGCCUCCUGAUUUCCCACUGGGGACUGGCUCGGUGGCAGCUCUGAGAUCCAACUUUGAGCGCAUCAGAAGAGUCAACUCUCACACAGCCGGUGAUGGUAAGGGGUUGUCAGUGAUAGGCAGUCAGGAGAAACCCUUCUAUGUCAAUAUGGAGUACCACCAUGAGCGAGGACUGGUCAGAGUCAAUGACAGGGAGGUCUCAGACAAGAUCAGCACCCUGGGAUGUCAGGCAAUGCAGAUGGAGAAAAAGAGGUCCCUACAUUCCCUGCCAGGGAACCUGUCAGCUGCCACAGGGGACAUCAGCAAGGCUGUUCAGAGAGCCAGAUCCACUGAAGGGAACUGCAGCUACAAUGAGUCAAAUGAUGAUGCUGAAGUCAACUCUCAUAUGUUAAAAGAUGGUGGGAUGAGGUCCAGCGGGGAAAAGUCUGAGAAGCAGCCAGUGGAGUGUCAGCCUUACACCAGUGUAUAUGUUGGAGGAAUGAUGGCUGAAGGGGACACUCGAGUCAUCCACAUAAGAAACCGCAGCAUAGAGGAGGAUGCGCACCACACCUGGCCAAGGCGCUCCUACUCUCCUGGGAGCUUUGAUGAUCUAGGAGGAGGCUAUACACCAGACUGCAGCUCAAAUGAGAAUCUGACAUCCAGUGAGGAGGACUUCUCCUCAGGUCAGUCCAGCCACGUGUCGCCCAGCCCCACCACCUAUCAUAUGUUCAGGGAGAAAAGCCGCUCACCCUCCCAGCAGUCCCUUGACAGCGGGAGCCCACCUACACCACUUUCACACAAAUGUCUGAAGCAGCAGGGCAUGGUCUCGGAGGCCCCCAUCCUUGGAGUCCGUAAAUCGGGCCAGAUGUGGCCCAGUGAUGGAGACUCAACCACAUCCAGCAGGACCUCACAUGACAACAGUGUUCAAGGAGAUCUGGAUGGUUCCUACAACGAAAACCCUCCAUCAUAUGGCUUUGACCUGGAGCAUUCAGAGGAGCAGAAGUCUCGCCACGACCCUCUGUCCUUCUCUGGAUCCCCGACCUCCUCGCCACGGCUCCGCUCCAAGAACCGGAACAGCCGAGACACCCAGUCCUCCUGUUCUCUGGAGUCAACACAGUCGGUGGACCUGGACCAGGAGAAGGGACUGGAGAUGAGAAAGUGGGUUCUGUCAGGAAUCCUGGCCAGUGAGGAAACCUACCUCAGCCACCUGGAAGCCCUGCUGAUUCCUAUGAAACCUUUGAGGGCCGCAGCCACAACUUCCCAACCGAUGCUGACCAUCCAGCAGAUAGAGACCAUCUUUUUCAAAGUGCCAGAGCUUCAUGAGAUCCACAAAGACUUCUAUGACGCGCUGCUGCCCCGAGUCCAAGACUGGAGCCAUCAGCAGUGUGUGGGCGACCUCUUCCAGAAGCUGGCCAGCCAGCUUGGAGUGUACCGGGCCUUUGUAGACAACUAUAAGGUUGCUGUGGAGACAGCAGACAAGUGCUGCCAGGCAAACGCUCAGUUUGCAGAGAUAUCUGAGAAUCUCAAAGUCAAAAGCACAAAGGACUGCAAAGACCAGUCAGCUAAAAAGUCUCUGGAAACUCUUCUCUACAAGCCUGUGGACAGAGUGACGCGCAGCACAUUGGUUCUGCAUGACCUACUGAAGCAUACGCCCUCCAACCACCCAGACCACCCACUGUUACAGGAUGCCCUGCGCAUCUCCCAGAACUUUCUGUCCAGUAUUAAUGAAGAGAUCACUCCUCGUAGGCAGUCCAUGACAGUAAAGAAGGGAGAGAACCGACAGCUGCUGAAGGAUCGCUUCAUGGUGGAGCUGGUCGAGGGUUCCAGGAAACUCCGCCACGUUUUCCUCUUCACCGACCUGCUGCUCUGUACCAAACUGAAGAAACAGACUGCAGGAAAGGGGCAGCAGUAUGACUGUAAGUGGUACAUCCCAUUGGCUGACCUAACCUUCCAAACUAUCGAGGACAGCGAGUCCAGCCCCAUCCCUCUGGUCCAGGAUGAGGAGAUUGAUGCGAUGAAGAUUAAAAUCUCCCAAAUAAAGAAUGAUAUCCAGAGAGAAAAGAGAACAACAAAAGGACCCAAAGUGAUCGAGCGGCUGAGGAAGAAGUUAUCAGAGCAAGAAUCUCUGCUUCUUCUUAUGUCCCCAAACAUGGCGUUCAGAGUGGCCAACAGAAAUGGCAAAGGUUUCACAUUUUUGAUCUCCUCUGACUAUGAGCGAGCAGAGUGGAGGGAGAUCAUUCGUGAGCAGCAGAAGAAGUGCUUUAAGAGCUUCUCUUUGACCUCUCUGGAGCUGCAAAUGCUCACAAACUCAUGUGUGAAACUACAAACUGUUCACACUAUUCCAAUGACCAUGAACAAGGAAGAUGACGAAUCCUCAGGUUUAUAUGGUUUCCUGAACGUCAUUGUCCACUCUGCAUCUGGGCUCAAACAAAGCUUAAAUCUGUACUGCUCCCUGGAGGUGGAUUCCUUUGGGUACUUUGUCAACAAAGCCAAGACACGUGUUUACAGAGACUCUACAGAACCCAGCUGGAAUGAGGAGUUUGAGAUUGAACUGGAGGGCUCUCAAACUGUAAGGCUUUUGUGCUAUGAGAAAUGCUGCAACAAAACCAAACAGAGCAAAGAAGAUGGCGAGAUCACAGACAAGAUCAUGGCCAAGGGACAAAUAAAGUUGGAUCCCCAGACGCUGCAAAAUAAAGACUGGCAGAGGACAGUGAUUGCCAUGAAUGGGAUUGAGGUGAAGCUUUCCAUGAAGUUCACCAGCAGAGAGUUCAGUUUGAAGCGAAUGCCUUCAAGGAAACAGUCCGGUGUCUUUGGAGUGAAAAUCAAUGUAGUCACUAAGCGGGAACGUUCCAAGGUCCCACUCAUUGUUCGCCAGUGUGUAGAGGAGAUUGAGCGACGCGGGAUGGAGGAAGUUGGGAUCUACAGAGUGUCUGGUGUUGCAACUGAUAUCCAGGCGUUGAAGGCUGCCUUUGACUCGAACAAUAAGGAUGUAUCUAUCAUGAUGAGGGAAAUGGAUGUAAACGCUAUCGCGGGAACAUUAAAGCUAUAUUUCCGUGAGCUGCCAGAGCCGCUCUUCACAGAUGAGUUGUACCCCAACUUUGCAGGAGGCAUCGCUUUGUCUGACAGUGUGGCCAAGGAGAGCUGCAUGCUCAACCUGCUGCUGUCUCUACCAGAGCCCAACUUGGUGACUUUUCUCUUUGUGCUUGACCACUUAAAAAGGGUGGCUGAAAAUGAGGGCAUCAACAAGAUGUCUUUGCACAAUCUUGCUACUGUUUUUGGUCCCACUUUGCUUCGACCUUCUGAAAAAGAUAGCAAAAUUUCAUCCAGCUCCCAGCCAAUCUCUAUGAAUGACAGCUGGUCCCUGGAGGUCAUGGCUCAGGUUCAAGUCCUCCUCUACUUCCUUCAGCUGGAAGGCAUCCCGACACCUGACAGCAAACGUCAAAGCCUUCUCUUUUCUACUGAAGUAUAACAGGAACAUGAUGGACUUUUCCCGCUCUAAGGAAGAAUGUCGCCGCCUAAUGAGGUGGAUGCUGCUGAGCAGCCAAAUCUGUCUGCUUCAUUCUGAGUGCUUUUUUUAGCCACCAGGGGGAGCCAUCAACCUUUUGAAAACUGGAAACAGCCACCAUGAUCAAAACCAUUUCUGUGAGAGAUGAGAUAAGCAUGUGUGUUCUGUUUACAUAAACCUGCUGUGUCUGUGAAAGAACUAAAACAUCUCUUUAAGGUGUAAGGACAAGAUAUAUUGUUCCCUCUAUCUUUAUUUAUUUUCAAUUUCAAGAAGCAAUAUUUACUGUACUUUGUAGUUUCAUGGCUUUGUUCUGUUACUGUGCACAUGAGCUCCAGAUUCACAGAGAAGGACUUCUGCUGUUGUUGGAUUUAUUUCUGGAGGUAAGUAAAUAGUUGAGUUAAUGGACAAAUAUUUUUCUUGUCUGUACAUGUUUGUUUUUUCUUUUUCUUUUCCAAGAAAUGUCUGUAUUGGUUCAAAGUCCACCCGUGCCAACGUUCCUAUGCUGAUGAUCAGUAGAGCAUUUCAGUUUUCCUAAUGUUUACAUUCUGAAUGUUGCAUAGAAUUUAACAGCAUGAGACUGAAGCUGUAGUUAACACAACAUGCAGGCAUGUUGACCUAAACAUUUGAAGUGUUCUGUUUUCUGUGACAUACGGUUAAUGUAGUGACCUUAUCCAGUUCCCAGGUUCUUGUAGUGGUGUUGAUUGAACUCCUAAGUGGAUAUGAGUGCUUUUUGAAGUGGUACAGAAAGGUGAAAGUAAAGCCACUCCAUAAAAAAGGCUCAAAACUUCCAAUUUUCCACCUGUGGAAUGUAUACUGUGCUAUGUGUAAUUUUCCAUUCCAACGCUGUCUUUUUGUCUGUUUUAUGUGUCCACUUUUUUAUUUUAGAUUAUGUCUGUCUUUUUUUUUAUUUAGUUGGAGUCAUUUUGUUGCUUUCUGCAUUCCUUCUCUAGCCUUCUGCCUUCAAAUAACAAAACCAUACAUCUGUAGAAAAGAGCUCAUAGGGAUUACCUGAGACACCAAAUAUUUGCCUGUAGGACCUUUCAAGCACAGCAGUUCACUGAUUUUUAAAUUUUCUAGUUUUCUGUCAGGUUCAUUGUCAUCUCAAGAUUUAUUUCAAAACUCAAUAACAUUUAAUCUUUUUGUUUUCAAAUCACUACAAAUAGUCAAACACAAACUGUAACCAUCAGAGCUUUCGAUUCAUGUAAAACAGCAAUAAGUCUUGGUGAUACUUAUAAUGGCCACUGUGUCGUGCAUGUAUGAUUUUAUGUAAAUAAAAACUUGGUAACC